AUGUCGACUAGCCGGAGUCGGUGUACUGGUCCUACUCUCCCCGUUGAUACGGUGGAAUUGAUCGCAGACUUCUUGUUUGAGACCACAUACCUGGCAGAUUCAGAUGCCGAAAUCACUGGGAAUACGUUCGUGUUACCACGCAAACCCUCAUGGAGUACAGUCGCUGGAUUCAUGAGUGCUUCAGCUGACCUACACAGGAUCGGGAUGGAACGAUGGGUACGAAUGCUUAUUUGUCGAUCAAAGGAAGAUUUGGACAUAGCUAUCCCAUAUUUCCAAUGGAUUCGGGAUUUACGAUGUUUUGAUCAACCACCCUUAGACAGCGAGUACGGUACAGUAUUGAAUCAAUUCGUUCGACUCCGUUCGUUGUCAAUCGAUUUGCAUAACGACAUUCAUCACAAUGAGAGGCAGUUCUCCUAUCGUGAUAUAUUUACAUCCCUUCCUUCUUCUCUGCUCCGACUUGAGAUCAAGAAUUCACACGGACCGGAUGUCAAGAUCAUUGCGAUCGUUAAGAGAUGCUGCCCUAAGUUACAAGAGCUCAGGCUUGGGCGUUGUAACAUGUUCAACAGGACACCCGCCUGCCAAUUCUGGCGCUCAUUUCCAUUCGAGCAUGAUUCGUAUAUUUCGAGUGAUGGGACGGAUGAAUAUGCAAGCUCGCUAGCCCAAGAACUUGCUCCAUUGAAGAGAUUGAAGACUCUUCAAGUAGGUAUUUACUUGAUACCGACCUCGGUAGUUCUAGCACAUCGAAUAUACCACGCACAAGAGAUAUCAGCUCCCAAUGAUUUUAAUUGGCAGCAAGCCAUAACACUUGCCAGGCAUGCACCCGCCGCUCUUGCAGGGGAGGCGAUACCGCCCGGGCUGGAGCCUGCAACCGCCGAUGACCUCAUAGAUCUGCUGCACAAGCCUAGCUCAGAGCCCGGAUUCAGCCGACAGUCUUGUCGGUUCUGUGAAUUAGAGUUUUCUCAAGCUAAUAUUGACGCUGAGUCAAAUGCCACAAGAACGCUCAAAGUCUUGUUGCCUUCCCUGGCUGAAGUGCAAUGGCAGAGUUGGUUUACGCCUAAUCAUCUAGGCUACUCCAUAUCAUAG